UUAGAAAAUUUCCAGGCCCUAAAGCUUAUCCUCUUAUAGGAAAUAUGCAUUUAUUUCUUGGUGAUUUGACAGGUAUAACGARAAARUUAAUACAAUACUCCGCAAUCCAUUCUUCGCCUUGGCGACUCUCGAUAGGAUCAAAAUUAAUUCUAUUCUUCGAUGAUCCUGAAAAUAUUGAAAUUAUUUUAAAAAGCUCAAAAAUUGAUGAGAAAAGUUUCCUAAAUUACUUUAUAAAAUAUUCCUUAGGCGAUGGAUUAUUUACAGCGCCAGCGUCAUUAUGGAAAAUGCAUCGAAGAAUACUAGAUCAGAAAUUCAAUUCCAAAAUGGUUUCAUAUUAUAUGGAGUCAUUGAAUAAAAAUUCAAAAAGGCUAAUAAACAUUUUAGAAACUAGUAACGGAGAGAACGUAGAUAUCUCUCAUUACGUACAUUUAUGUACGUUGGACAUCAUAUUUGAUAGCCUAUUGGAAUCUGAUCUAAAUUUGCUAAAUAUCCCAGACUGCAAACUUGAUAAAUAUCUGACAGAAAAUAUGGAUAUAACUAUGCAAAGGAUUUUAAAAAUGUGGUUGUACCCAAAUAUUAUAUUUAAGAAUUCAUCUUUAGGAAAACGGUUAGAUGAAAAUCUCGCAUACAUUAAUAAUAUAACAAACGAGAUUAUAAGGAAAAAGAAAGAGUCAAUACAGGAAGAGAAAUUUACCCUUGAAUGAAAUGGUCCAUAUGCGAAUAAAGUAAAAAAUACGAGUACAUUUCUUGACGUACUAUUUGAAUCAUUUUACAAUACAGGAGAAUAUUCGGAGGCGAAUAUUCGUG